AUGAAUCGAGCGGCCCAUAUCCUCCUCGCUUUUCUCCUGAUGCAUGCUCAGCUCAUCGACAGUGCCUCACCUCGCUCUCUUCUAUCGACUCACAUCCGCAGGGACGAUGACGGAAUUCCUCCCUCACCGCCUUGGGUGUACCCAAAUACUAUCAAACCUACACCGAAAUGCAUGGCGCUGACGCUGUCUGACGACUGUCCUUUCUCAACAUCCUCCUCCAUCAAAUCGUGCUCGGCCGAGAAGUGUACAAUGACAUUUAUCGGAUCAUGUAUGCAAAAGGGUACUCUGGUUGAUAAAAGUUGUUUCUGCACCGACAAGUUGAACGAGCGGAGUUGCUCAGCUUGCUCGGGCACGCGAACCCGUACCCAAUAUCUCUCAUGGCUGAACAGCACCUGUGGAGACAUCACGGGCUGGCAUGGACUUUCCAAAAAUUGGACAAGAUGGGAUCCUAAGCCGAACUCAUUUUGCAGGAACUUUAAUGAUUCCUUAUGGAAUCCCAAUAUCUACAACGCCACCGAAGCUGCAGCCGCAACUUUCCGAUAUGUCAACAAGACAUACUCUCCAUGGUUCAACCCUAAGUACUCUGCCGACAAGUACGACCCUUUACUAGACUCGGGAUUAUACCUGGACCUAAAUGCGUUUUGCAAAUCGGUAUAUCCUCCGAGCGAGGACUCUUGUGGCUCUGGUGGUCUCCAUUCAAGACUCCUCCUGUGGGCAAGCACGAAAUGUAAACCCCCUCAAGGUUUCGGUUGGACGGAGAAUUGGAAAGACGACCUUGCGAUCCUGAAUUCAAGCUUCGUGGAGAAGAGCACGCUACCAUCUCUAGUGAACACUCCAGGUUCACAAAGGUGCUCAAACCAUAUUAACACAACCAUGAGCAAGUGUAUAUCCCAACGCUGUAAGGAGAGUACUUGUGCUCAGAUUGUCGACGCGAUCGGGCUCUCCUGUUUCUGCAAGGAGAUGGAUCUGCCGGAAAAAUGCAAUCCUGUCGGUGUUGAACGAUCUGCGGAAUUCCUCUGGUUAAACAGCACUUGUGCGUCUGUGGCAGCAUUCCCAGGAUUACCGAAAGGGUGGGAGGAUAGUCUGCUGAAAAUGAACUCAACGUAUGGCGCUCCUACAAACUUCACCACCUGGCCUAAGUGCGCAAACGCCAAUAACUGCGGGACGAACUUGAAUACAAUAGUCACGAACUGUACACAGAACCUAUGCAAUAUUAAUCCUCAGACGGGACUAUGCACCUCGAUUUUGCCUGGCGUAAAUCCAGCUUGCUAUUGCUCCCCAAACUGCAAAUUGUCCUGGGAACGAGAGCAAUACCUGAACUGGAUGAAUACUACCUGUGGUCUUGUUUCUUCUUGGCAUGGACUACCGAGUAAUUGGGUUGACCUUCUUCUUGUCCAAGACUCCGAGCUUCUUCCUUGGAAUUGGCGCAUUCGGAUAUCAUAUCUAACAACUGGAUCAAAUAACUCCACAAGCUCCACAAGUCAAGGCCGGCAUUGUCCUUCUGCUUCGAGCAAGCUGGCAGCUUUUGCGGUAGUCAAUGUUGCAAUGCUUGUUCUCAUCCCGAUACUAGGCCGGCGCGAUGUGAUGAAGAAGAUUACUUUUGGCACUCUCGGUCACCGGGCAUCACUCAUGUGGCUUGUCACAGGACCAUUCACUGUGCUUCUCCACAUUGCAAGCAAUGCGAUCGCCGCUCUUAUAAUCAAGCGUACACCUGGGUUCGGUUCCGUUGAAAUUGGUCAACUUAUCUUACUUUGGUGUACCCGGCCGAGACUUGCUUGGAUGAUUGUUGCCCUAAUCCCUUUCCAAGCCUCGGAGGAAAUCUACUUUUCAGUUGCUUCCUCAACAAUGAUCGCAGAAGUAAUUCUCCAGACACUUGGGGGAUACUACAUGGGAGUUGCUACAAACUAUGCCCGACGUCAAAAGUUCUACCAACGGAGUCGCCUCGCAAAAACACCGAAGGGUAGAGACGCGAUGAUUAUGUACGCGGGUUCCAUCAUGUGGCUAAGUAUCAUCGUCAUCGCAAUCGCAACGUGCGUUUGGUCCCUGCUUGGGCUGAGUAAUUUCGUUGCCUCCGUCGCAUUCGCCAUUCGAGGUUUAGAUAGACAGGCUAGAAAACGUUCAAAGAUUGCGGAAUAUCAAGCGAAUCAGCUGGCUAGUCAGCAGAGCAUCUCUAGCACACGAUACAGGACCACUGGGCUUGAUAAAAAGUUUCCGAAUCUUGACAACGAGGCUGUUAGAAUGUGUAAGAGCAUUCAAAUGGACAUGAAUAACCUAAGUCGAUUCUGGAAGCGCGUUGAGACAUACGUAACAAAAGAUAUGAAGGCCAUGAGAGCCGCCCAGCGGACAGAACGAGCCCGAGAAAAGGGAAAGAGGAAAGGAAAUAGGACGCAAGGCCAGAAUUAUCCACAGGAUGAGAACUCUAUCAAUAACACAACGCGUACACUUGUGACAGAUUCUAUGGAUCAGGCUUACGCAACAUGGUACAACACUCCGGAAUCUCAACGUCUUAAGAUUCAUCGAUUGAAUGAGGUAUUUUCCGCUAAAGAGACUUGGGUACGGCAGAAUAAGACUGCCAUCUUGAAUGAACUGGAUGCAACGGAGCGUCGACUCCAGACAUACCGUGUAUCUCUUUCAGAAGUCGAUGCAGAAAUUAGAUGUCUAGACAACGUAAUCCGCCUUUUUGCAACAUCAGGCUUCCAGUCACGUUCACAUGAUGGAUAUUGGCGGGCCCGUCAAUGUGAUGAAGCUCAGUACCUAAACGCUCUUCUCGUUGCCGGAAAAGCUAAGGGAGAGCAGUAUUAUCCGCCAUACCCGAAAACAAAUUGGAAGCCCUCCCGGCGGGAAGUUGGCAUCCUGCAGUCAUUCAAGGACAAGAAACUGUCUUAUGCAAAACUACGGGCACAGCUCAUCGGCCCAUGUCUUCAGGCUGAGGAAGGAAACGAUCGCUCUCAGGUCACAUUAAAGAGGCUCGUUGAGAACGAACAGCUGUACUUGACAUGUCUAAAGGAGCUACGCGCCGUCGUACUUCCUCUGCCAGCUGCGUGUGCAACGUUUACCCGGGAUUGCAAAAUGCUCAUCUCCAUCUGGACAAAGCAAAAGGCCAAGAGAGAAGCCGAAAAAGUAGAAAAACAAGAUGGGAACUCCCUGCUAAAGAAAAUUGCUAUUCGAACCAUUGCGGGAAUGAUCGGGUGCUCUAUCGCCCAGUGGAUAUGGUGGGUUGGGUAUAUUAAGGUCGCCGGUGAUACGUACUGUCCGCCGAAGCUCGGAAAGAUUGCUGUUAUCUGGACCCUUUUCUCGCUUCUGGGUGGCAUGGUUGGGGGUAGCUUCUGA